GCGUGUGACAAGUGAGUGGAGAGGCAUCUCGUACAGUGGCAAGUCAUUGUUUUUGUCAAUUUUUAUGAUUUUUAAAUGCAUUUUAAUUAUUAAAAAUUAUUUCAUUUAUCUUUUUUAUAUAGAUGUACUCUUUUUUUAAAAAAAAUUUAUUUCUUCUAAAAAAUAAAAAAAUAAAAAAAAAAUUGAAGAUGCCUCGCGCCUCACACGCUUGGCGUGGAGGGAGGCUGAAGCCACGCGAGGCAAAAGUGCCGAGGGAGCUGAUGUGGCGCAGCGAGCGAGGAACUGCCUCGUCGCUGCGCAUGCUCUUAUGGCCCGCCACCAAAGUUGCACCAAGAUGGAGCCAGGGACUUAUAUGGGGGCGAGAAGAAGCAGAAUAUACAAGGCUUUGCAGCAGCAAGAAAAUCUUGACGGUGAACGGAAGUUUCCCAGGGCCAACUCUAUAUGCCCACAGAGGGGACACGAUUAUUGUCCGAGUCUUCAACAAUGGAAACCAAAACAUAACCCUUCACUGGCACGGUGUGAAACAGCCAAGGAAUCCAUGGUCAGAUGGCCCAGAAUUUAUCACCCAGUGUCCAAUCCAGCCCGGCAGGAAUUUUACCCAGACACUUUUACUGUCGGACGAAGAAGGAACGAUUUGGUGGCAUGCUCAUAGCGACUGGUCACGCGCCACCGUCCACGGCGCCAUUAUUGUCUAUCCCGCCAACGGAACUGAUCGCUAUCCCUAUGCAAAACCGGAUGUGGAAGUUCCCAUCAUUUUAGGAGAGUGGUGGAAGUCAGACGUGCAACAAGUGGUAAAAGAGUUCCUAGCAACGGGUGGAGAUCCAAAUGUGUCUGAUGCUUUUCUUAUAAAUGGUCAACCCGGGGAUCGAUUUCCCUGCUCACAAAAUGACACAUUUAGGUUGACAGUGGAGAGGGGGAAAACAUAUCUGCUCCGAAUGGUGAACGCCGUGAUGAACAACAUCAUGUUCUUCGCCAUCGCCAACCACCAGCUCACGGUGGUCGGAACUGACGGCAGCUACACCAAGCCAUUCAAAUCUGACUACGCCGUCAUAUCUCCCGGCCAGACCCUCGACCUCCUCCUCCAACCAAACCAAACCUCCGAUCAUUAUUACAUGGCCGCCCGCGCACUGAACACCGCCACCAGGGUCAACUACGACAGCACCGUAGCAACCGGCAUCCUCCAGUACUCCGGCAACUACACCCCGUCCUCGGCCCCACUCUUCCCAGUUCUCCCGGACCACACAAAUGACGCCAGCUCGGUCAACUUCACCCGGAGGCUCCGAAGCUUAGACGACCGUGACCACCCCAUCGACGUGCCGCUGAACGUGACGACCAACCUCUUCUUCACCGUCUCCAUCAACACCCGGCCGUGCAACACGUCAUCGUCCUGCGCGGGGCCCAACGGGGCGAUGUUUUCCGCCAGCGUGAACAACAACAGCUACAUCCUCCCGGGGGUCGACAUCCUCGAGGCCUACUUCGGCCGUUACAGCGCGGCUCGAGUGUACUCAGAUGACUUCCCGCGGGUCCCGCCGCUGGCAUUCAAUUUCACUGGGGACAACCUGCCGCUGAGCCUGCAGGUGCCGGAGAGGAACAAGACGGCAAAGGUGGUGGUGCUGGAGUACGGGUCGACGGUGGAGCUUGUGUUCCAGGGCACGAAUUUGGUGGCGGGAAUCGACCAUCCCAUGCACCUGCAUGGGUUUAGUUUUUACGUGGUGGGGUCGGAUAUGGGGAAUUUUGACAGAGAUAAAGAUCCGUUGACCAAGUACAACCUGGUGGAUCCUCCGUUGAUGAACACCAUAGCCGUUCCCAGAAACGCUUGGACCGCCAUUAGGUUCAAAGCCGACAAUCCAGGGGUGUGGUUUAUGCACUGUCAUUUGGAGCGGCACACGAGUUGGGGAAUGGAGAUGACUUUCAUUGUCAAAGAUGGGAAGAGACCUAACGAGAAAAUGCUGCCUCCUCCUCCGGAUAUGCCCUUGUGCUAAUAAUAAAUAAUUAUAAUAAUAAUAAUACUCAUAGCAUAAAUUAUGGAAUAUUGUAGUGUAAUGUAUCUUUCAUAUCCUGUAAUUCCGGUCUACAAAUAAAUUGCUUAGCCGUUA